UGUAAACAUACGCCAUGUCCAUAUGUGGCAGUGCAGGAAACUUUCCUCUGUAAAGUUCAGUAACUGCUGUUUCCCUUUAUAAGUUGUUAUUGUCCAUUAUUCAUGGAUAAGUUCUUUAUGUCUAAUAGAAUAUCCUGUUUUGGGGUUCGUGCUUUUGUGUCUUUCUACAAAAGACGUGUGAUAAGUCAUUCUGCCUUAUGCUAACUGAUUAGUUAGCCCUGCUCGCUGGCCUGAACUCUAUCGCUGAGACAGGGGAAAGGAGAAAUAUCUCAUUAUCGUGUAUCAGGGUCUGGCUGCAGGACUUGUUUAUAUUGUGUGUAAUAUUGCCGUGUUUGCGGGGGGAAAAUAAUGUCUCGGAACCAGUAAUGGACCGAAUAGACCAGGACUGAAGACUGUUCUUCUGCGGGUUAUUAGCUGAGGAAAUAUUGGCGUUGAAAACUGCAUGAGAGCGGGGAGAUGGAGCACAUGUCCUCCAGCAACACUCAGCUCAUUUUGAGCGGCUCGGAUGCAGACUCGGACACGGCGGAAGAAGAGGAGCAGGGCUGCGGGGAAAGGAGAGCCGAGCAGCGGCGCAGAGCAGAGCGGGAACCUGGCGCCGCUGCACCGGCCAUAACGCGCGCCAUGGUGGCCGGAGUAGCAGGCGCUAAACCAGGCAAAAAGACCCGCGGGAGAGUGAAAAUUAAAAUGGAGUUCAUUGGCAAUAAGCUGAGGCGCUAUACCACUUUCAGCAAGAGAAAGACUGGCAUCAUGAAGAAGGCAUAUGAGCUGUCCACCCUCACUGGAACUCAGGUACUACUGUUGGUGGCAAGUGAGACAGGUCACGUGUAUACAUUCGCAACACGGAAGCUGCAGCCAAUGAUCACAAGUGAGACAGGCAAGGCACUAAUCCAGACGUGUUUGAACUCACCCGACUCUCCGCGCUCCGAUUCAGCCACCGAUCAGAGAAUGAGUGCCACAGGCUUCGAAGAGACAGACAUCACCUAUCAGGUCACAGAGAGCGACGGCAGCACAGAGGAGAAGGAAGUGAACAAGUCUGCAGGAACUAUAAUGAGCAGCAGUGUAGAGACACCAUCCACUUCCUCUGCUCAUUCAGAUGGCAGUGGACCCUCGCAUCCUGCUACCACCUGCUGGUCAGUGUCCAACGGUGCACUGGUGAAGACUACCACUGCAGCUGGAGUAGUGCAGAUCCCCGGUGGAUUCACACUCGUGCCUGGUACAGCAGUGUCUCAGUCGCUACAGUCUGCUGAGAGCAGUGAAGUGCAGAAUUUCAGCAGCGCAGCCGGAAGUCACUCUGCAGUGAUGGCAUCCUCAAUAGCGGGACAUGUGAUCUGCCCGAGCGCAGUGGUGUAUGCUAACUCAACCUCCACGUUAACGGAUCACACACUCACACAUGAUAAUCUUCCUCAGAUGUUCCUCACAUCUCCUAACGGAACGGUUCAGAUUCCUGUCUCUGCUGUUCCACUGCAUUCGAUGUUGAUAAAUCAACAGAACUCCAGCAGCACACACACCCUGACAGAGUUACGUGGUGUCAACUUGGACAAUUCUAAAUCAGAGUGACGCACACUUUAAGUGUGUGUAAUAAGCCAAGUGUGUUUUCCAUGCGGCACAGUAUAUAUAUAUUUUUUUAAUUCUGGUUUCGGCUGGCAACUCGAUUCUUCCUCUUAUUGUUUCCUCAGUUCAGCUCCACAUGUGCGUACACACACUUAUACAUGCACACGAUUUAAUUUGUACACUGCACAUCACACAGCUGUUUUUUUUAUCAUGUUUUUAAAUAAACUUCAGACCAAUCUCCAAACUGUGAGAAGCAUGCCACUGCAUUCAGUUC